AUGGAUAAAUCUGUGGAGCAUGUGGCACAGACAGCUUUUCAGAUGGAGCUGCGCCCUGUGUCUGAACUCCUCGAGGAUUCUGGGAACUAUAGGCGAAACUUCCAGCAGGAGCCGAGCUUCCCUCUCCUCAGUGACUCUGUCUUCAGUGAGCAACAGAAGCUGAGGCUGGUGUUGGAAUGGGCUAAUGGUUUCCUCCGUGGCAGAUCAGAGGUCUGCCAUGAAGUGUGCGGCGUGAACAGUUUGACAUCCUCUGAUGUAAAAAAGGGAGAAACAGAGGACAGAUCUGAUGCAUAUAAGCAUUCGCCCACAGCUAAAUACCACCUGAAUGUUUCACUUGCAGCAGGUGAUAAUGAGGUAUGUGGAGGAGAAAGGAGUUUGGAGAAUAUCUGGCCGCCUGGAUCAUCAAGCUGUAAAAAUAAUGAGCAAAAUAAUUACCUGCGUGGACACAAACCUCCCUCUCCACAUGAUAUCCACCAUCCUUUCUCCCUUUCCCUUAAUGAAGAUGAGGAAACUUUGCCUGGGAAGAGGGAAGAUGUGAAACGAGUGAAGCCACAACACACCAUGAAUAAACAAAGUCCUCCCCACAUAUCUAAUCAAAGGCACCAGCCAGACAUGCCUGACAGCCGCGCAAAUCAAACGCUUGCAUCAGAUACUGCAACACACUUGAUCAAAGAAUCCACAGCAUCCCAGAGCAGCGGCAGUCGUGAAGAGAGCGCAGUGUUUGCUGCAGCGAGCGACUCAAAACCUUUACUCAGAAGCAACGAUUUCACUGUCACGAUUUACAAAACAGCUGGAGCUCAGUCAAAGGGCCCGGAGGACUCGAAGAAAAUUGAAGCUGAAGGUGAUCAGAAGGAGAGAAUAGAAGGUGACAGGGCGGAGGAAAAUUGUGGAAAGAUUAAAAAAGAAUCAGAUUUCGUUGUGCACGCAAGUGAUAAAAUGAGAAACGGCGAACCAGAGGGGGCACCAGAGCAGCACAGUUCCACCUGUUGUUUGAAACUACGAUCACAUUUGACUGUUUAUGAGCAGUACCAGCUAUGUGUGGAUCAGCUGCAUCACAUCAGACUCAGACAAAGCCAGUGCUUUACAGCAACUAUACAGCCACUCGACAAAGACCAGAAGGAAGAAGAAACGUCUGCAAAAGCAGUUUCUUCAGCUUUAACAGCGUCUUGCCUUGACCCGACCUCUGCCCUCACAAAUCCAAAGCAACUCACCACAGAGGAGAGACAUUCACAUGUCAUCAAUAAGAAACAGGACAGAAAAAGGGAAGCACAUACAAAAGAGACCAAAUCUUGCCAAAGUGCGAAGCAAACACCUGCAGCCUGCAAACCCACUGAUUUAAUGAAGAAACCUGCAGAAGCCCUAACAUCACAUGAGGAGGUUAGGACCAAACCUGAAGCCGCUGCUCUUACUGCUAAACCAGGACUGCAGAGAAACAAGAUUAGACGUCACCCAGGCAGGACGGGUCAUCAGAGUCCACAAAAAAGAAAUGAAGCUCCUCUAGAACUCAAAAAAAAUUCAAACACGUCCUCGUCUAGAGGAACGUUGCCAUGCUGUCAAGAUGAAAUCAAAUCCACGAAGAGACACACAAGGAGACCAGAUGACAGACUGAAUCAUGCAUCACCUUACAGAGAUACACCAACGCUUGUGCAGCCUGCAGAGGCUCAUCAUCGUGAUGACCCGGGGUUGAAAUCACCAUCAGAGGGUACAACGCUGCACAUCAGUUUGACCAACAGCUGUAAAACCAGCCCAGCGGGCAUCCCUGCGUGUGACAGCUGGCUGUGUUUACCUGAUGAGGUGUGGCUGUCCAUCUUGUCUCUGGUGCCUCUGAGGGAUUUGUGCGGCGUGGUGCAGGUCUGCCGGCGCCUGCACGCCCUGGCCACCGAUCACUCGCUCUGGAAAAAUCUAAGGAUUGAAAACUCUGCUUUAACCGACCAGUGGUUGCUGUGUGUGGGCAGACGUUGUCCUCGUACCCUGUCCCUGUACAGCUGCAGUGGACACUCUGUCUCCUCCUCUGGGCUGGAGACGUUCUUCUCUCUGUGCAGAAAUUCUCUGCAGGAACUCAAGGUCACAAGUUGUACCGGUCCUCGUCUCCAUGGCGACUGCGUGUUGUCUCUGGUUGGUCAGUUUUGUGAUCGUGUGGUCGAUGUGGACCUAAGCUGGAGUGGAGCGACGGACGCGGGAGUGAAAGCUCUGAGUGACUGCGCCUCACGGAUAAGACUAAAAUCUGUUGUCCUGAACGGCUGCCACAUCACUGACGUCUCACUGAAGGAGCUCACCGUAAAACACAAAGAGAGCCUGUGCAGGUUGGAGGUGUUUGGCUGUCAGUUUCUCACUGCGUCCUGUCUUCAGACUGUAUAUGAGAUGUGUCCUGGUCUUCAGCAUCUAAAUGUCGGACAGGUGCCAAAUGUCAGUGUCCACAGUCUCAUGGUGAUGACAUCACAGCUCAAACGUCUCAUUUCACUGAAUCUCACUGGACUGCAGCUGGAUGAUUCCACAGUGGACUCUUUGCUCCACAACUGUGUCGAACUUCAGAGUUUGACCUUCAGCUCGUGUCCUGGAGUCACUGACCUGACGCUGCACAGCAUCAGCAAGUACACACCUGGCAUCAGAUCCCUUAAUGUGAGUGGCUGUAAGGCAGUAACAGAUGCAGGUGUUCAGUCUAUAGCGCUGGGCUGCAGAAGAGUUCAGCAGCUGGAUCUCAGCUCCACCGGCACAGGGAACAGAGGGGUUUCUCUACUGGCAAAUUACUGCAGUGAACACCUUCAUACUGUCAAACUCAGUUUCUGCCACAUCACGUUAGAGAAGAUACUGAAGCUCUGUCGACACUGUAAGAGGUUGAAGGUGCUCCAUCUAUACGGCUGCGCCCGGCUCCCCACUAAAAGACAGAUCAGACAAGUUCACAGUUCUGUUCAAGUUUAUCCUCUGCCCUGACACUAACUGUACAGAUAUGAAAGAGGAAACUUCUCUUUUUUAUUUCUUCUGUUAUGCUGAAUUUUCAGAGGUAUCCGGCAAAUUAAUGAAGAAAUGAAU